UUACUGCGCUGGUGCCCUUGCUUGCCUCCUGCCGAACCGCGCCUCCUCCUCCACCAGUCCUCCUCGCAGACAGAGCACCGCGCCCGCGUCAGGAGAGAGGAGAGGAGAGGACUAGGAGGAGCCUGGAGGCCGUCGGCGCUGAUGGUGGCGUGGUGGCGGAGGAAGGUGCUGCCCCGCGCGCGCCGCGCCUGGGCCGCCGUCGCCGCGCGGCUCCGCGCGCGUAAGCCUGGAUUUCACCUGGACACCAUGAGAUCAGGCAGUGGUGGUAUUCUGAAGCUCCACGAGGACGUGCAGACUUGCGGCUACAAGGACGUCCAGGUCAUGUUCGACAUGUUGACAUCGGAACUCGAGGCUGCUGCUCAAGCCCAGAAGGCACCGCCGUCGCCGCCCCGCAAACAGGCGCUACCGCCUGCGUGGCCCGGCCGGUCCACGAUCGCCGCUGCGCAGUAGAUCCUGGCAAACAGUGUUAUUACAGAGACGUCCGCCCCCUGCCCUUCUUCCGUCGUUGGAAAGAGCGAAAAAAUUGCAGCAAGAACAAUAAGAUGAGUAAGCGCGAGAGAUACAGAGAGGCUCCCAAACAUCAUGUUUUGAGGUGUGUAGAUAGAAGGGAUGAUAUUAACCAGUGCUGAACACUCUUUUUUUCGCCAAUUGGAAGAAGAGGGAGCAAGAGGGGUUACUUUCAAUCCCAAGGUGUAUGUUUAUUUUGUUUCAAUUCAACAUGCUGGAUGAUGGUUUCUGGUUUAUGGAGCUCGAUGUUUGCUUUUGUUACA